AUUCCAGCUGCUAACUGCAAUAGCAGAUUGGCUCUGUGCAAGUGAAACGAGCAGAAGCAGAGCCCUCUGUCUCUCUGAGAACAGCCAAAGACCAUGGCCAGUAAAAUCCAGGGUUUGAGUGAGGAGGAGAGAGACCACUUACUCCCCCUGCUACGGAAUGCCCAGUGGGUGGAGGUGGUUGGGAGGGAUGCCAUCUACAAAGAGUUCAUCUUCAAAGACUUUAACCAGGCCUUUGGCUUCAUGUCCAGUGUGGCACUGCAAGCUGAGAAGAUGGACCAUCACCCUGAGUGGUUUAACGUGUACAACAAGGUCCAGAUCACACUCAGCACACAUGACUGUGGGGGCCUCUCUCAGAGAGACAUCACUUUGGCUACCUUCAUUGACCAAGCAUCUGUCCUCUAAGCAACUCAUGGCCUGCUGCCAUUUCAGUCUGUCAGCGCCCGUCAUUUCAGUUCCAGUCAUUUCAAUGGUGGAACCCAGAGCAGAGCAUGCCUAUUCAUCGCUCUCCAUACGUUCAUUCAGAUGACUUUAACAGGAACAGGAAAUGAUCAAACAGGAAAGUACAUCACAGAAUCCCAAUUAAUAUUUAAUGUUUACAGGUCACUUUCAAUUCCCAAACAUUUUGCUGGUGUGGUGUUUGUUGAUAGACUGAUGAAGCGAAAUAUAUCUUUAAAAAAUUGCUUUGGUGGAAAGUGGAUUUAUGAGCAACAGACCAUGAGCCAGUAAAAAGACCAUAGAUACUGUAUAUCAAACAUUCCUCUGUCCCUUACUGAGUGGAAUCAGGUAAUGUAAAAUCAAAAGCGUCUAAGGUAUAUAUUACUCUGACUCUAAACCUUUGAAAUCUGGGGAAAAUCUAUUAAUUCCUUCACUUGUUAAUUCCAGUCACUUUCAAACAAAUGUUCUACAUAAAACACUGACUUUGUUGUCAGUCUGUCUAGUCUGUUUGUCUGAAACUGUUUUCCUCUGUGUAGUGUUUUGUACUGUAAGUGACAAAUAAAAAAUUUUGAAUAACC